AUGGACGCGGAGACUUCACGGCAAGCAGAAACGCUUCGGGCGCUCGAGCGAGCGCUCGUUCGGACCGAGCACGAUAAGGUCCUGGCGCUGAGUAGCCAGCUUCUCGAAGGACCGGUUACGCAACCAAGCUCCUCUGAUCGGUCCGAGGAAGCUGCGCUGCUGAGAGCUCGCCUCUUCCAGGUACGCGGCACAGCGCGGGCGAACCUCGGGCAGACGGAGGCUGCUGUCGCCGACCUGGAGCAGGUUCCGGAGGUUUUUCGCGACGAGUCACUGCGGUUCCUGCUGGCGUACCUUUACUACCAGAUACGCAACCUAAGUGCCGCGAAACAGCACAUACCCCAGGAAACUGCUGAGGGUGCCGAGUUUCCGAGCACAUCGCGGCGAAGCUGGGACCUGCUACGUGCCCAAGUGGCGUACGUGGAAGGAAAACUCGACCAGGCCGCCAAUACGUGGCUGCGGCUUUUAUCGUCUAGCGUUGAUCACGCAGAAACUGGAGCACUAUGGACGAACUGGUUUGCUGCCCAGAGUAGCAAGUCUGCGCCUGUUGACUUGAGCGGGGAUGCAUCCCAGGGUCUCGGAGUUCUUCGGGACGCCCAGUUAUACGAGGGCCUCUUUAACGUCGCCUUGUGGUGCUCGCUUCGUGGAGAUGCCGACACCGCAACAGACUUGCUUGAGGAUGCCCGGCGUGUUGCUGUUUCUGAGCUAGGAACCGAGCAGCACGUGGAUGUCGCCCGUAUCGACGUGCAGCGUGGAUGCCUCCUGCAGCACCAGGGGCAAGAGCUCGCUGCACAGGCAGUGUAUGCGCAACUUGCCACGUGGCAGGCUCCGCGAGCGAUCGUGCCUGUCGAUGGAACAACAGACUGGGUACGCGCCUUCAACCUUAGCGUUAUCGAAGGGUGCCUGGACGCGUUGCUCGAUAGCGAGCCCAGCACAUGGACGGUAACCGAUGCGCAACGUCAAAUUCUGUACUGGGAUCGGGCACUCGUGGCCAUUCAGCGGAAGCAGCCGCGUAUAGCGCUGGAUGCUGCUGAAGCUGCAUUCAUGCAUCGUAAUGAUGCUGCGAUGCUCAAAGCAUGUGCAUUGGAUUCGCUCGGGCGACACGAGGAUGCCGAGCAGCUACUACUCGCGCAUCAUCUGGUGAUGCCCGCUGCGCAGCUGCGCUACCAACGAGGGGAUCUCACCGGAGCGCUGGCCCUACUCGAGCAACUACCGAUACUGGAUUCGCCGACAAACUCAGGCACUGUCCUAGGUCGGAAUCAGCCUGCAAACGUGCUUUUUCGGGUUUCCGUGUACCGGCGACAAGGGCAGCUCCAGCGAGCGCUCGAGGCGCUGCAAGAAAUCGACCAUAGGAAGCUCAGUACCCGCCGACUUUAUGUGGAGAUUUUGCUCGAAAACAAACAGUACAACGACGCUUUGGACUACCUGGCAAAAGAUGCAAUCUCUGAUUGCGUGCUUGAGAGCUACCGCCUUAUCGCCCUUAGCUAUAUCGAUCCACUUGCCGCCGAGCAGGUCUUGCCGAAGCACAUCGAAGAGCGUAUCGCGAGAGAGGCAUCCAUUCGGAGCCAUCAGGGUGGAUGGCGCGCGCCCACGUCGGAAUCCACGUUCGGAACGCUGCGAAGCAACCAGCAGGGACCAUAUGACACCGAACCUGCAGCAGCACGAGCAGCAUCCGCUCGACCCAGCGACGCUGGAAACGCCGAAACGGUUGCAUCUAGGCGCCGGCGAGGGCAUCGUAAGAGUCGAAACCCGCUACCACAAUCUUUUCGAGCAGAUGCCCCGCCGCCGGAUCCAUCGCGCUGGCUGCCCCGUCACCAGCGUCCGGGCUCUCGGCGGAAAGCACGGCGUCAAGCGGGAGCGCCGGGCUCAGCCACAACAGACAGGGCAACCCAGGGGAAGAUAGAGACCGCAACAGAACUCGACGCACAAAUUCGAGCAGCGUCGGCCGCUGCCAAAGUGCUCCCCAUGAAAGGCGCUGCCACCAAGUUGGCUGGAAAGAGGCGUGUGCGGCCAUCGCGCGCCGGCCGCUCCUAG